UGCUCAUUCUGCUCUCUAACCCUCUCAGUUUAACUCUCCGCAGAGUCUCAAGCUUUUACUCUAAACUCUGAAGCUUCGUGACUCUUUCAGGAGUUUAAAUCUCAGAGAUCAGCGAUGGGAAAACUUUCUGCAGUGAUUUUCUGUGUGUUGCUGAGUGUCGGCACGGCAACGGCCCAGACAGUUCCCGUCGAGCGUGUUCUGCCUCAGUGGCUCACCGGCCUCAUCGCCGUCUCCUGCUUCCUCUUCCUCAGCUUCGUCACCCUGCUGGCGAAGAAGGCCUGGUGUGAUGAGACCAGCAGGUCAGUCGGGGCAGCUGAGGAGACAGUGGAGGAAGUAGAAAUCGGCCGGGCCAACAGUAACGUGUACGACACCAGGCUGAGCACGUUCAGGAGCAAAGAAAAUCCGAACGCUUACGAAAACCUGGUGAUCGACUCUGACGAAAAGGUUACCACCAUGUGAUCAUCCUGAGACGAUCCUAUUGGCUGUCUGAGCGAUGACAUCAUCAUCCACGAGUCUGAAUAAACAGAGAGAGACAAACGACGACAAAUUACUCAACACAGACUUUUAAAUAACUGUUUAUCUUU